AUGGUUUUACCUGAAAUUGCCAGCACACACGGCCUGGGCAUCCAAGAGCCCUGGCGCCACGUCAAGGUGCCGCCGCGGUCCAAGGUGAGCCGAAAUCCAGAAGCAAUCGAGCUCUGGCAACCUGGGGACCCGCCCCCCUCUGUCGCGUGGCCGCCUGCAAACUUGGGGGCCAGCACUGAGCCCUGCCUCAGCGCCCAGCGCGCUGCCAGUGAGCCUGUGGACCCCAGUUCAUGCGACUGUAUCACCUUCUCCAAAAACCGGCCAGGGGUGGCAGGUGGCAUGGGGAAGCACAACCCCCAGGCUUUCUUCGCCACCUGUAUUUUAACGUUCCUCCCUCUUCACGCACAGGCGUGGGCAUUAUUCAAAGGCAAGUUUCGAGAAGGCAUAGACAAACCCGACCCCCCGACCUGGAAGACCCGCCUGCGGUGCGCCUUGAACAAGAGCAAUGACUUCGAGGAGCUGGUGGAGAGAAGCCAGCUGGACAUCUCCGACCCCUACAAAGUCUACAGAAUUGUUCCUGAGGGGGCCAAAAAAGGAGCAAAGCAGAUCAACCUGGAAGACCCGCAGAUGGCCAUGAGCCACCCGUACACCAUGAGCAGUCCAUACACCUCCCUCCCGGCGCAGCAGGUCCAUAACUACAUGAUGCCUCCGCACGAUCGAAGCUGGAGGGAGUACGUCCCUGACCAGUCGCAUCCUGAAAUCUCCUAUCAGUGCCCUGUGCCAUUUGGGCCCCGCAGCCACCACUGGCAAGGCCCAGCAUGUGAAAACGGUUGCCAGGUGACAGGAACCUUUUAUGCUUGUGCCCCGCCUGAGUCCCAGGCUCCCGGGAUCCCCAUAGAGCCAAGCAUAAGGUCUGCUGAAGCCUUGGCUCUCUCAGACUGCCGACUCCACAUCUGCCUGUACUACCGCGAGAGCCUGGUGAAGGAGGUAACCACGACCAGCCCUGAAGGCUGUCGGAUCUCCCACGGCCACACCUUUGACGUCAGUAACCUGGACCAGGUCCUCUUCCCCUACCCAGAAGACAACGGCCACAGGAAAAACGUUGAGAAACUGCUGAGCCACCUGGAGAGGGGCGUGGUCCUCUGGAUGGCCCCCGACGGACUUUACGCCAAAAGACUGUGUCAGAGCCGGAUCUACUGGUCCGGGCCCCUGGCCCUGUGCAGUGACAGACCCAACAAGCUGGAGAGAGACCAGACCUGCAAGCUCUUCGACACACAGCAGUUCCUAUCAGAGCUGCAAGCAUUUGCUCACCAUGGCCGGCCCCUGCCAAGAUUCCAGAUCACUCUGUGCUUUGGGGAGGAGUUUCCAGACCCUCAGAGGCAGAGGAAGCUCAUCACUGCUCAUGUUGAACCUCUUCUGGCCAGACAGCUGUAUUAUUUUGCUCAACAAAACAGUGGACACUUCUCAAGAGGCUAUGAGUUGCCUGAACACAUCAGCAGCCCUGAGGAUUAUCACAGAUCUAUCCGCCAUUCCUCUAUUCAAGAAUGAAAACUUCGACGACAUGACGUAGCCCCCCACACAGUAGCCUUCCAGCCAUGACAGUAAAAAGACAAGUGCUUUUGCUUCCUUGUAAAUAUCUGACUGAGAAGAACAGCCAACUGAACCCCCUCUUUUUCUUUUGAGGAACUUGGAAAUUAGGGCUUCAGUCCGACUGUUGAGGAGAAUAUCAACAAAAGUAUCUCUGGGCAAUAUCUGCAGGAAAUGGACAGAUGGGCUGAUCCCUGAAACAGGAUGGUCUUCAGGGCUGGCUGCGGCCCUCCCGUCCUUGACGGUAACUGUGAAAAUUGACCAAAGGGUGUGUUUACAUUUACUCAAAUGCUGUUAUUAAUUUGAUAUGGAUUCUUGCUGGUGUGAAAAUGAGAAACCUUGU